UGAAGGAUUCGGUUCAAUGAAGAGACUUUUUAUCAAUGAAAUUGUUCCUCUUUCUGUUCAAAAUACCAUAAAACUUUGUUUUUCACAGCCACAAUAAUUAAUUUUAUUUCUGAAGAUGUCGAGCAUUGUUGGUGGCUGCUGAUAAACACGACAUCGAAACCAACAAAAAAUAUCUUCGAAAUAGAAAAUCUUUUUAUCGUAAACAAAUCGAACACUUCUUAUCACGAAAUGUGUGGAGAUAUUUUAUAAAGGUAUAUAAAGGUUAUGAAGUGGAGUGAUAUAAUAUAUCAGUGCUCUACAGCAGAAGUAUUCUAAUAAAGGUGAGAUAUAAAUCCGAAUCUUUACUCUGACAUGUCAGUCUGAAUUUAUUCUGAGCCAAGAAUAAGAUGCACGGAUUGCAGGAUAAAUUUAUUCGGUUCGGUUUAAAUGAAGAUACCUCUAAUCCGUUCAGAACCCCGUGAAAUGUUAUUAAGGGUAUAUUCCCUGGUGGUUCUGACCCUAGAUUUAAUAACAUUGUUGUGCGGCAUAUGGCUGUCGAUAAUAGUCGCCGUGUACCGCACUCUGAGGCCCCCACCUCUUAAGCAAUUGAAUGGAGAAAUUGCAAUGGUGGUUGGGGUGGGACGUGGUGUUGGCCGAGAAAUUGCCAUUCAGCUAUGCCAGCUUGGUGUUACUGUUGCCUGUGUUGAUAAGGAUGGGGAAAUGUGCGAAUCUACUGCUAGACAGGCAGCAAAAAAUACUAGUCGUGCUAGAGCAUACAUCUGCGAUGUUACCAAUAAGGAUCAGGUUGAAAAAACAGUUGAAACUAUUACUAAAAACAUAGGGGUAAUAACGAUGGUUUUCCACUGCUGUGCAGUCCCGAGUCCUCGAGUACUGUUACAAGGGCCCCAAGAAAUUCGAAAAGCAAUGGAACUCUCAGUAAUAAGUCAAUUUUGGCUAGUGGAGUCCGUUCUACCGGGUAUGGAGCAUGUUGGUCGUGGCCACAUAGUUGCACUCUCAUCAGUCGCUGGAUUCUCUGGUGGCCCAAGUCGGAGUGGCAGAGUACAACUUUCAACAGCUCAAUUUGCUGUGCAGGGCUUUGCCGAGUCCCUUCACGCUGAAUUUAGACAAUCAAAUAGUAAUAUUGUCAUAACACUUGUGCAUGUCUACCCAUUUAUUGUAGGAGCCGAGAUGGCUAAAGACAUACGAUUCAGGAUACCCAGCUAUUUUGGGACAAUGCCAGCGACUGAAGCAGCUAGAAAAAUUUUGGACGGUGUACGCAGAAAUUAUGCGGAAUUCAGUGUGCCAGGAUAUCUAUUAUAUCUUGGACACUUACUCAGGAUUCUCCCAAAAAAGGCGUCUUUUAUGCUGCGCGACCUACUGGACACUGGAGUAGAUUUCGGAUGACCUGCGAAACGCCAAAAGUAAAGCAAGACUGACAGCCUGCCUCCAGUGUCGCACAGACGAUUUACUGUGAUCAACUACAAUAAUAUCAAUUCUUAAAUUAACAUCUCUACUGUCUAUCAUCGAAACAUAGAGCAAUAUUUUGUUACAAAUUUUAUCAAUAGAAAAAUAUAGAAAACAACGUUUGUUGUGUACAAAUCAUUGUUGAAAUUUACGGCUUUUAUUGGUUAUUUAUCAUUUUAACUAAUCUAAACCUGGGGGGGCAGGUUCUGAUAAAUCAGCAUCCAUGGAUUCUAUUUUUUGUUCUGGUGGAUAUUCUCCGGGAGGAGCAAUAUCAAAGUCAUCGUGCAUAUCCGUUGUUGGCUUUCCCUGGAUUACGUCCAUUAUCGAUUGUGGAACAUGUGCCUUCUGAAAAAUACAAAAAAAUAGAACAAUCUUUAUGAAUUUCUUUUCAAUCAAAAUAAACCUUAAACAGAUCGAUCGAUAUUUAUGUUAACACAUCAGGCUCUAGACUUAAUAUUCAAACCAUUCACAUAUGUAUUAAAAUUGCAUUGUCCAAUAAAAAAAAAUAAUACUUGA